AUGGGUAUAGCAACAACCGUGAAAGACGCUUUAAAGGCGGACUUCACUGCGUCGUCGCUUUCGCAGGAUAAUACCAGAAGCCCGACAACUCCAGAACGCGGUGGAGAGGCGACCUCGGACAUGAGGAGUGUUGAAUCUGGCUCAGUCUCGCAGCCUGGUAACGCCUGGAACUCACCAACACAAAAGUCUACUCCAUUGGCUAGCGUGAAAAGUUUCUUGAAGGCUGACUUAUCUGCGUCGUCGGCGAAAGGCGUCGACAGAGGACCGCCUAUUGCCAAAGCAUCAACCGCCAACACGCCGUAUGGGGGAAGUCACAAUGUGCAGUCGGGCGCUACCAAUAGCGAGUCACCGGACUAUACCUCUCAGUCAGCCACCCUAGGGUCGGGAGGUCUACAUCAAGGAGCAUCGCCGAGCUUGAACCCGCUUAAUCAGGAGACCUUCGACCACGGCGGAGGAGCAACUGUGGGCAACUUUUCGCAAGGAAGAAAGACACCGCCCUAUGGCGACGCCAAGACAACCUCUGGGGUGCUCACCGAGAAUAUGUUCGCGCAGGUGCCAGGCGCCGAAACGGGCCAGGGCAUGAAUAACGUUACGACGGUGCAUCCUGAGUUUACUGGAGAUGGAUCGUUCGACGAUCUCAUGCCCUCUGGCCAAUUGAUCGAGGACACUCGCCAGCUUAAACCUGUCGUGCACGAAAGAAUCCUAAGCGUCGAAGUGGAAGAAAUCACUCGGGAGAAGCAUCUCGAACGUCACGUCCCAAUCAUCCACCGUGAAGAAGGCGAAGAGCACUUGCAUCAUCAGGCAUAUCCAGUGUCCCAUGUUGUCGAGCAUCACGCUGGCAAACCCGAAGAUCAGGCUUUGCUCGAGUCAAUCUUGAAACAAGGUAAUACCACCACCUCAGAGCCUACUCGUCGCACUGCAGUGGAAAGUGGCACAAUUGUAUACGAGAACAUCCAUCACCAUUACCACAACAUCAUACAACCCGUCAUCGAGAAAAUCUCGAACCUAGGCCUCGGUGAUGCCCACUCGGAAUUUUCCACAUCUGCGAGGAAAGAUGUCACAGGUUUAAAUGAAACUCGUAGUUUCGGUGCUGGUAGUGUUGCCUCAGCCUCAGCCAAUGCGACGUUUACCACUCAGGACGUGCCGAUGGACGAGGACAUCCUCAGCGAUAUUGUCCCAAGUAACAUCGUUUCGCGCCAGCCUAGCCAAGGCGCCGAUGGCGAGAGCGAAUUCGAUGAUGAAGAUGAGCAGGCCGACGAGCUCAUGAGCGAAGAGGAUGAUUAUGCCGCCAAGCCUCAAUCCAAGUCCGCAGAGCGUCAAGAUAAAAAGCAGAAGAAGAAGGCCGCUGAGGGCAAGCUGCAGGAACAGAGACACGAAAUGGACAAGGCCAAGAUUGCGGAUGCCGUCAAAAGGUACUCGUAUCUUCUUGGUCAAACUGAGUUGUUCAAGCACUUCGUGGAUCUGAAGAGAGCUCGGGAUCCCGAGUACGCUGCAAUGAUGGACGCUCAACCAAAGCCCAAGGGGCGUGGAAGGAAGAAAGCGGUUGAUUCAAGUGCUCGACACCGAAAGUCAGAGAAAGAGGAAGACGAGGAGCUGCUGAAGGACGGCGAAAUGGCUGUAGACGGGAAUGACCAACCGUUUGUUUUCGAGGAGUCCCCUGCUUUCAUCCAUGGAACUAUGAGACCUUACCAGUUGCAAGGGCUUAACUGGAUGAUAUCGCUCCAUCACAAUGGCUUGAAUGGUAUCUUGGCAGAUGAGAUGGGUCUCGGGAAAACACUCCAAACUAUAUCCUUCUUAUCGUACCUGAAACACCACAAGGAUAUCUCUGGUCCUCACCUCAUCGUCGUUCCCAAAUCAACUCUCCAGAACUGGAAACGGGAGUUCGAAAGGUGGACACCUGAUUUCAAUGUUACGGUACUUACGGGCACGAAGGAUGAACGUCAAGAAAUCAUCACCAAUCGCCUACUUCCUCAAGAUUUCGAGGUCUGCAUCACGACAUACGAAAUGUGUCUAAUUGAAAGGACGUCCUUCAAGAAGUUCUCAUUCGAGUAUAUUGUCAUCGAUGAAGCCCAUCGCAUCAAGAACGUUGAUUCGAUAUUGUCACAAAUCGUCCGGGCAUUCACGUCGCGUGGUCGUCUGCUUAUUACGGGUACUCCUCUCCAGAACAGUCUGAAAGAACUUUUCGCUCUCCUCAACUUCAUUUGUCCCGAGAUCUUCGUCGACUACGCCGACCUGGACAGCUUCCUGCAUAAGGACACGCAUGGAGAGGACGAGUCAGAGAAGAGCAAGAAGGUUGUCGAAGCUCUUCAUAAAAUCCUUCGUCCCUUCUUGCUCCGCCGUGUCAAGGCGGACGUGGAGAAGAAUCUCCUUCCUAAAAAGGAGAUCAACAUCUACGUUGGUCUGACAGAAAUGCAACGGAAAUGGUAUAGGUCCGUCUUAGAGAAGGAUAUAGACGCAGUGAACGGAUUGACCGGGAAGAAGGAAGGCAAGACACGCCUCAUGAAUGUUGUCAUGCAGCUUCGCAAAGUAACUUGCCACCCUUAUCUCUUCGACGGUGCUGAACCUGGUCCACCGUAUACCACCGAUGAACAUCUCAUCGAGAAUUCGGGGAAGAUGGUCAUUCUCGACAAGCUACUGAAGUCAAUGAAGGCCAAAGGCUCUCGUGUUCUAAUCUUCAGUCAAAUGAGCCGUGUGCUCGAUAUACUCGAAGACUAUUGCCUUUUUAGAGGAUACAAAUACUGUCGAAUUGAUGGUGGUACAGCUCAUGAUGACCGUAUCGCCGCCAUCGACGAAUACAACAAGCCUGAGAGUGAAAAGUUCAUUUUCUUGCUCACCACCCGUGCUGGAGGUCUAGGUAUCAAUUUGACAACGGCGGAUAUCGUUGUUUUAUACGACAGCGAUUGGAAUCCCCAAGCUGAUCUUCAAGCCAUGGACCGUGCUCAUCGAAUCGGACAGACCAAACAAGUCUACGUGUUCCGCUUUAUCACUGAAGGCAGUGUUGAAGAACGAAUGUUGGAGCGUGCAGCCCAGAAACUACGACUUGAUCAACUAGUCAUCCAGCAAGGCCGUCAGCAGCAAACCAAAGCUGCCAACAAGGAUGAACUUUUGGAGAUGAUUACCCACGGCGCUGACAAGAUCAUCAAUUCUACCAGCGGCGAUUUCAUGGUCAACGGUGACAUCGACGAGAUCAUACACCGUGGAGAGGAGCGCACCGCCGAGCUAAACAGCAAGUACGAGGGCUUGAAUUUGGAGGAUCUCAGCAACUUCAAGUCGGAAGCGUCAGUGCAACAAUGGGAAGGAGAAGAUUUCAGGUCUGGACAACGCAAAGGUCUCAAUCUCAACAUCCUCUCUCUAUCGAAGAGAGAACGCAAGACGAACUACUCGGUCGACAACUACUUCAAAGACACCCUUCGCGCUGGCCCCUCCAAAGUCGACAAAGCUCCUAAAAUCCCUCGUGCUCCAAAACAAAUAUCUAUCCAAGACUUCCAGUUCUUCCCUCCCCAACUAGCUCAGCUACAAGAACGUGAACUUGCUGUGUUUAAGCGACAAAAUGGCAUUGUAGCUACUAUCCGAGAAUCGACCGACCCUGAGGAUACGCCUGAGAAGCUCGAAGAAGAGAGACAAGCAGCCCAAGAGUUCAUUGAUACUGCCGAGCCCCUGACGGAGGAGGAGAUGGUCCUGAAAGAAGAAUAUAUUGCGGAUGGCUUUCCGGAAUGGAGUCGUCGAGAUUUUCAACAAUUCAUACGAGGACUGGAAGCCUAUGGGUGGGGCGAAGACUUCGCCGUUUAUGCAGCUGAAAUUCAAGAUAAGACUCCAGAAGAAGUCGAGGCGUAUUACAGAGUCUUCGAGAAAAAGUGGAAAACGUUGUCAGAAUAUCCCAGGAUUGUUGUUCGCAUUACCGAAGGAGAGGCGAAGCGGAACAAACGAGACAAUCUCGAAAACCUCCUCCACGAGAAAAUUACUUCCGUCCGCUACCCUAUGCAAGAGCUGGAGCUCAACUACCCCCAGACGAAAGGAAAGGUGUACAGCGAGGAGGAAGAUAGAUAUCUCCUAUGCCGCCUACACCACUACGGGAUGCAAGCAGAUGAUGUCUAUGAGCGGAUAAAGAAGGACAUAACAGAGUUCCCUGUCUUCCGCUUCGACUGGUUCUUCAAAAGUCGGUCGCCUCAAGAGUUGCAGCGGCGGUGCAAUACACUGCUUGGUAUGAUUGAGAAGGAAGCAGAGGCUCGACAGCAGGAAGAAUCAAAGUCGAAGGGCCCAAAGGGCAAGAAACGGGGGCUGGAAGAAGUCCAGAAAUCAGACAAGAAAGCGUCAAGGCCUCCAACGCCUGUAUCAUCUGCCAACGCAUCCGCCAAGCGUCCUGCGAAGAAAAAGAAGGCAUAA